AACUGUCAAACCCACGAUUUACUAUAUUGGGUAUCAACUGCUCAAAGCUCAAAAUAUAUAUUUCUUCCACAUGUACAACUGCUUCAAUUCUAAUGUUCGUUCUUCUACCAAGAUUUCAACAAAAAUUACGAAUUACCCAAAAGAUGGCCGCUAACAAUGAUUUCAUCAAGGAUAUAACUAUAUCAAAGAUGCAAUGGAAGUUGAAAGUUCGCGUUGUCCGUAUGUGGGAAAAACCGGAUCAUUUUAAUCCUGGCUCUAUAUUCUCCAUUGAAUUGGUUCUACAAGAUGAAAAGGGCGAUCGUAUACAUGCUUCUAUUGGCAAGUCUUUUUUGCAUAUUUUCAACAAAAAAAUUAAUGAGCUUGGAGUAUAUCUUAUGGCGAACUUUAUCGUCUGCCAAAACAAGGAGAGGUUCAACACCACAAAACAUAGAUUGAUGCUGACGUUUACUCAACGGACAACAGUGGCUGAAAUAAUUGAUCCACUUUUUCCAAUGAAUAUCUUUGAGCUGCGACCAUAUCAUCAAUUGAUAAAUAAAGUUGAUGUCAAUGAGAGUGAAUUAUUUGGUAAUAUUUGCGUUUAUUUUAAUUAA